CCAAUCGAAGACUGCUGUGCUUUCUGUCUGUCAUCAUCAUGAAUGUUUACUAUUUUACAAUCUUUAUUUGAAAGGUCCUCAACUGGUAAAAAGACAUUCAAGGUACUUGUUGUAGAUGAGAUCAUAUUCAAUACUAGUCUUUCUUAGUUUCUUUCUCUUACCUCACCAAAAAAACAAAAAGAUGAAUGGUCAGACUCGGAGGAUUUCUAUUUAGUAAAAAUCUUUCUUAGUUUCUUUCAUAUGCACUCCAUAGUUGAAGGUGGAAGCUAAGGUAUUAUUAUGGCUUAUCAAGUGUUGGUGAUUUGUGUGGUCUCCAGCAUAGUGUUUGCAUACAUAGUAUGGAGAAAAGAAAGGAAGAAAAAGCUUCCACCGAGUCCAAAGGGCCUUCCCAUCAUUGGGCACCUCCACCUUGUGUCCCCAAUACCCCACCAAGAUUUUUACAAGCUCUCACUCCGCCAUGGACCCAUCAUGCAACUUUUCCUCGGCUCAGUCCCUUGUGUGGUGGCUUCCACCGCGGAAGCCGCCAAAGAGUUCCUCAAAACCCACGAAAUCAACUUCUCCAACCGCCCCGGCCAAAACGUCGCCGUUCAGUUCUUAACCUACGUGUUUGGCCCUUACGGACCCUCCGUGAAGUUCAUCAAGAAACUUUGCAUGUCCGAACUCCUCGGUGGGCGCAUGCUGGACCAGUUCCUUCCUGUGAGACAGCAAGAGACAAAAAAAUUCAUCAAACGCGUCCUCCAAAAGGGUAUCGCUGGUGAAGCCGUUGACUUCGGAGGAGAGUUCAUGAGACUCUCCAACAACAUCAUUUCGAGAAUGACCAUGAACCAGACGAGUUCCGAGGACGAGAAACAGGCCGAAGAGAUGAGGAUGCUGGUGGCGGAUGUCGCAGAACUCAUGGGCACGUUCAACGUGUCGGACUUCAUUUGGUUCUUGAAGCCUUUUGAUUUGCAGGGGUUCAACAAGAGGAUCAGGAAAACGAGGAUCAGAUUCGACGCUGUCUUGGACAGAAUCAUCAAGCAGCGUGAAGAGGAAAGAAGGAACAACAAGGAAAUCGGUGGAACGCGUCAGUUUAAGGAUAUACUUGAUGUUUUGUUGGACAUAGGCGAAGAUGACAGUUCUGAAAUCAAAUUAACCAAAGAGAACAUUAAGGCCUUCAUCAUGGAUAUAUUUGUUGCCGGGACUGACACGUCAGCUGCAACCAUGGAAUGGGCUAUGGCAGAGUUAAUCAACAAUCCAUGUGUGUUGGAGAAGGCAAGGCAAGAGAUAGAUGCAGUGGUUGGAAAUAGUAGAAUAAUAGAAGAAUCAGACAUUGUCAACCUUCCUUACCUACAAGCCAUUGUUAGAGAAACACUUAGGAUUCACCCAGGUGGUCCAUUGAUUGUUAGAGAGUCAUCAAAAAGUGUUGUGGUUUGUGGGUAUGAAAUUCCAGCCAAGACCCGAUUAUUUGUCAAUGUUUGGGCUAUUGGAAGGGACCCCAAUCAUUGGGAGAACCCAUUUGAGUUUAGGCCGGAGAGGUUUUUUGAAAAUGGACAAAGUCAAUUGGAUGUUAGGGGACAACAUUAUCAUUUUAUUCCAUUCGGGAGUGGAAGAAGAUCAUGCCCUGGUACUUCUCUGGCAUUGCAGAUUGUGCAUGUGAAUCUGGCUAUUAUGAUUCAGUGUUUUCAGUGGAAGUUUGAUAAUGGCAAUAACAAGGUGGACAUGGAAGAGAAGUCUGGCAUCACUCUUCCGAGGGCUCACCCCAUAAUUUGUGUCCCUGUUCCAAGGCUUAACCCAUUCCCUGUUAUGUGAUUGACGCUCCAAAUGACAUUAAACACCUUGUGAGAGAGUGAAAAAAGAGAGAAUAUAAAUAUUAUGAAUGGUGAAAAUGUUGUGAUACAAAGAGAAAUAAAUAACAGGUGUUAACAAUGUGUCAAUAAACUUGGAUGAUGUUUAAAAAUCA